UAUUCAGUAUUGUUUAUUUGUUAUAGUAAUGCAAUCUUAAUAAAAUUACUAUGGGUAGUCAAAUAAUUUGUAAAUAUUUCAUUAAAUUGAGAAGACCAAGCUAUCACCUGUCUCGCGGGCUUGUUUCUAACCGAGAAGAAAAAUAUAAUAGACUUGAUAAACUUAUCAAUGCUAACCUAAAUAAUGUUUUCGUAAACCAAAAAAGGAAUUUUUCACUAGAACCUAUAAUUACAUGGCAACAAGAAACUUAUAUGAGUAUUUCAAACAGUAGUCUAGUAAAUUUUAUGCAAGAUGGGUUACAUAGUUUUCACGAAGCAUCUGGUCUCACUUGGUGGUCCACAAUUGUAACUUCAACUUUAUUAAUAAGAGCAUGUAUGACUCUUCCACUCUCAAUUUACCAAAAUUAUAUAUUAGCCAAAGUAGAAAACAUUGGUUUGGAGCUUAAAGACUUAGUUAAUGAGUUAAAAAAAGAGACUGCAAUGGCAAGAAAAGUUUAUAAUUUAAGUGAUAAGCAGACAGUGAUUUUAUAUAAAAGGUCACUUAAAAAGCAAUGGAGAAAACUUAUAGAGAGAGAUAACUGUCAUCCAUUAAAAGCAACAAUAGUUAUUUGGUUUCAAAUCCCUCUUUGGGUGUGCAUGUCAUUUGCAAUAAGAAAUUUAAUUAACAUGCAUCCUCCAUCUCCAUCUGCAUUGGUUACAUUUAUGGAACUAUCUACUGGUGGUAUAGGGUGGAUACCAAAUUUAACAGAACCUGACCAUUCAUACAUUUUGCCAGUUGUAUUUGGUUUGACAAAUUUGGCUAUAAUUGAAAUACAAAAAAUGUCAAAAUUGAGAGAGCCAUCAAAAUUACAAAACAUAUUUACAAAUGUUUUUAGAGGAUUUACAUUAGUAAUGAUACCUGUUGCCGCAAAUGUACCGUCAUGUCUAUGUCUGUAUUGGGUUACAUCCAGUAUCUUUGGAUUGAUACAAAACCUAUGUCUACUAUCACCAUCCUUAAGAAGAAAGUUGAGGAUACCCUUGGUACCAAGUGAACUUGAAGAUCCAUACAGACAUUUAAAACAAGAAAUUAGCUUUAAAUUAAAAAAUAUACUAAAAAUAGCCUAAAAUUUCAUAGAAUUUUUCUUAAAUAGAUUAAUUAGUAAUCCAAAGUGAGUUUUUUCUAACAAUUUCAGA